AUGACGACUUUUGAGCCCUCUCUCAGCACGACCAUGCGUGCCCCCUCGCACGAUGCGCCGUCCAUGGCUGACCAGUUGCCCUCUAUCAACUUUGGCUUUGACGAUCUGCGCAGUCGCAUGAACCAGUUCACAACGCGAUUUGACGCAUUUAUCGAAAAUGGCCGCCGGCGAGUGCUGGAAGAGCGCAAUCAGUUCCGCAUGAACGUGGCAGAACUACAUGAGGACCAACGCAUGAAGAAGCGCGACAUUGAAAUCCUCGAACUCAAAACCGCUCAGCACAGCCAAACCCUUGCCAAGGAGUCCCAGGAAACCUCGGAGAUGCAAGAAGCCAUCUCCGCCCUCACCCUGCAGCGCGACGAGCGCCUCGCUCACCGCGACAAUCUCCGCGCCCAAAUCGCCGAACUCCAAAAGACCAUUUCCGCCCGCCGCGAGGCUCAGCUUAAGCACCGCCGAUACCUAGAUGGCCAGAGUCGCUACAACGAGCCGGAGCUGGACUUCUGGGAGAGUUAUCUGGGGCUCAGGAUUGAGGGGCUAGGCAAGGAUGACAGACUCAAGUUUGUAUACACCAAUGUGGAUGAAAGAGAGUGGGAUCGCGAGGCCUGGUUUGAACUCGAUACUAGCGAGCGCGACUACAAGGUGCUGGAAGUCAGACCUAAAGUAGAGCGUGAAGAGACUGAAAGAGUAGUCGAGAGAUUGAACGAGACUCGCGACCUGGCGGGUUUUCUAAAGGGAAUGCGAGAAUUGUUUGUAGAGGCUUGCAAAUAG